UCUCUCACAGCAUGCCUGCCUUUCACUUUCUCUAGAUCUUUCCCUCUCGCUAUAUUUUCUCUCUCUACAUAUACAUACACAUCCGCAUUGUAUAUAUAGAGAGUAUUUAUAUAUAUAAAUAUAUAUAUAUAUCCGCAUAUAUUUGAGGCAUUUUGAGCUACACUAGACUAGACUAGAAUUUAUUUAUACUUUUUUUUUAAUGGUAGAUAUAUAAUUUUUUUUUUAAUUUUUAUUUUUCGUUUGCUCAAUCGUUGUCGGAGUUAGAGUGAGUGAGCAACCAUGGAGAUGAUCCACUUAGGAAGCGAAGCUCCGAUUGGCUCCGGUCGCUUUUCUCUCUCUACCUCUGCAUACAUAUCUACCGCCGGAGGCCGAUGAAAUGAGAACGGAAAACCAACUGAUUUCUCCGGUCUGUCUCCGUGGAUCUAUGAAAAGAUGCGCCUUGAUGAUUGUUUACUGAAGCAUGUCCGGUGGCCUGGAGCAAUCCAAGUAUAGUUUGUCUACGAAUUGGUCUAACUCUGAUAAUAUGAAGGACAUGAGCAAGCUGAGUGUUGAGACUGAUGAUUCUUUUUCGAGUUUGCUUGAACUUGCUGCCAACAAUGAUUUGGAUGCUUUUAAGCGAUCUGUUGAGCGUGAUGGCUCUGCAGUUGAUGAGGUUGGGAUUUGGUUGGUGCGGAAGAAAGGUGCAAAGCAGAUUGUUAAGGAGGAAAGGAGUCCGUUGAUGGUUGCUGCCAUGUAUGGUAGUAUUGAUGUCUUGAAGUUUCUUAUCUCUCUUCCUGAGGUUGAUGUUAAUAGAGUUUGUGGCCCUGACAAGUGCACAGCUCUUCACUGUGCUACAUCGGGUGGGUCUGUUCAUGCUGUCGAAGUGGUCAAAUUGCUACUUUCUGCUGGGGCUGAUCCCAAUAUCGAGGAUGCUAAUGAUCAGCGGCCAGCUGAUGUAAUUGUUGUUCCUCCCAAGUUUCCAGGUGCUAGAGCUUCUCUUGAAGAACUGCUUUUGAACAAUAUUUCUGAUGGAUCGGUUGGCGAAUGCAAUUUACGGGUGCAUGUCACUACUUCAAAUGGUUCCUCACCUGAUCUAUCUUCGUCACCAUGUUCACCAUCAGAGUCUGCAUCUUAUCCUCUAACAUCGAAGUUCGGUGAUGUUCCUGCAAAUUCUGUGCAAGAGAAGAAGGAAUACUCGAUUGAUCCAUCUCUUCCUGACAUCAAGAACAGCAUUUAUUCCACUGAUGAGUUCCGGAUGUUCUCCUUCAAAGUGAGGCCUUGUUCUAGGGCCUAUUCUCAUGACUGGACCGAGUGCCCUUUUGUGCACCCAGGAGAGAAUGCCCGCAGAAGAGAUCCUAGGAAAUACCAUUAUAGCUGUGUGCCAUGUCCUGAUUUUCGCAAGGGCGCCUGCAGGCGAGGUGAUAUGUGCGAAUACGCUCAUGGAGUCUUCGAAUGCUGGCUACACCCAGCUCAGUAUCGCACACGCUUAUGCAAAGAGGGCACCAGCUGUGUAAGGAGAGUUUGCUUCUUUGCCCACAUGCCCGAGGAGCUUCGCCCCCUGUAUGUUUCAACUGGAUCUGCAGUUCCAUCUCCUAGGUCCACUGCAGCUACAGCUACUGUCAUGGACAUGGCUGCAGCACUGAGUCUACUUCCCGGCUCGCCCUCCUCGCACUCUAUGAUGUCUCCCGCAUUUAAUCAACCUAUGUCUCCGACUGCCAAUGGAAUGUCUCAUUCAUCUCCUGCCUGGCCUCAACCAAAUAUUCCAACUCUGCAUCUGCCAGGUAGUAACCUUCAAUCGAGUCGCCUGAGGUCUUCCCUCAGCGUGCGGGAUAUUCCCCCCGAGGACUUGAACAUGCUGCGGGAUUUUGAUGCCCAGCAGCAACUGGUUCUUAACGACAUGGCUUGUUUUUCACAGCCACGUCCCGGUUCUGCCUCUUUUAGUCGUUCUGGCUGUACUAACACCCUAACCCCUUCGAACCUUGAUGAGUUAUUUUCUGCUGAGAUAGCCUCCUCUCCUCGCUAUUCUGACCAGGCAAUGGCUUCUGCUGCUUUCUCACCUUCACAUAAAUCCGCCAUUUUAAGCCAACUACAGCAACAGCAGAGCAUGCUUUCCCCAAUCAAUACCAACAUGUUCUCUCCCAAAAAUGCUGACCACCCACUACUGCAAGCUUCCUUUGGGGUUUCAUCAACAGGAAGGAUGUCACCGAGAAGCGUGGAGCCCAUCUCCCCAAUGAGCGCCCGCCUUUCUGUGUUUGCUCAGCGUGAGAAACAGCAUCAGCAGCUACGCAGCCUCAGCUCUCGGGAUCUUGGCUCCAACAACAACACCUCUAUUGUUGGCUCCCCAGUGAGUAAUUCUUGGUCUAAGUGGGGUUCCCCCAGCUCAAGACCUGACUGGUCCUUCAACGGCGAUGAACCAAGUCAUCUCCGUAGAUCAUCUUCUUUCGAGCGGCUCAACAACAACAACAGCGAGGAGCCUGAUCUGUCAUGGGUCCAAUCUCUUGUCAAAGAAUCACCACCUGAGAUGAAAGAUAAGUCUGCAGCAGCGCCAGCUCCCGGGGGCGCUGUUCCAUCCGGUGAGGGUUUAAAAUUCAGUACUCAGACUGAUUCCAUUGAUCAAUCUGUUAUAGGUACUUGGCUUGAGCAGAUGCAACUCGAUCAACCCGUAGUCUAGUGGGAAGAAGAAGAAAGAUUCAUUUUCACCUUAUUCUUAGCGAAGUAUGUAGUGUACUACUGUUUUGGAGGUAAUUUUUUUGGCCGCCGGUGGAAUCAAAUGCAGAAUCCGGUAAGCUAAGCAGCAUUAAGGCAAAAUUUCCCAGCAAGUUUUCAUUACAUUUCAUUUGAUUAUAUCAUUAUUUGUUUAAAUACAUCUUUAAUGUUUUAAAUUGUUGUCUGGGCUUGCAUCAAACAUCCCUAGUCCUGGCAUGUUGCCUUAUGUAUGAUGUAAAACUCAAAUGAAAUUUGUAAUAUUUAUCUGAUACAUCAGUUUUUUCCCCACA